AAUUGUAUUUGGUGGAUUUUAAAUGGCUUUACAUCAAACCCAAUGAUUGAUAUGUUUUUUUUUUGUAGCUUAAUGCUGCAGGAUACGUUUCAUAAUAAAUGUAGAAAAGGAAUGUUGAACUAUUUAUAUGGUGUGGGCUGUAAAAGUGAGGCAGAGCAUUGAACCGGACAGAUGUUUGCUGCAGCGAAGACCCUGGAAGAGCUGAGCUGACUAAUCUUUAACAUGCUUGUGUUUUGAAGGGAAGUCUCCAAAGUAACGUUUAGCCUUGUACAGUUAAGAAGCCAUAAGUAUAUUCUCCUGCUGUUGGGGAAACUUGCUCUGUACGUGCUAAAAUCCUGGCCCCGGAGCGGAAGGCCGGUAUUUCUAAAAAUGCCUAACAAAGCUCAAGAGGAUGCUGUGACCAACCUGAGUACGCUACAGGAGAUUUCCCAACAACUGGGUUUUGAAUGGACAGUUCUGGCAUCUCAACUUGAUUUCAGCAGGGCUGAAAUACAUCAGUUCCACACCAAAUCAACAGAGAAGGGCGAACAGGCCAGGCUCAUGUUGGAAAGAUGGUACGAGAGGUCAUGGGACAAGCCAAAUAAGACCAAAUUACUCCAAGACGCACUGGAGCGAGCGGGUCGGCGUGACCUCGCAGAAUGGCUGCGCUGUCUCCACUGGGGUCAUCAGAAGUUGAGUAAAAAGGUGGAACUGCCCUCAGCAUUCCCCUUCAUCAUCACCGUCCAUAAGACCAUCCGCAACCAAAACGCCCUGCGCAGAAUCAACGACCUCAAUCACAAAUUCACCUAAAAAUACAUGAUUUUUGCAUACAAAAGCCA